GAGCAAUCUGUCCGCGCAAAGUUCGGUAUUAUACACGAGUGUACUAUUAUUCGUGACGUUGACAUUACAUAGUCCAUAAUAACAGACGAAAAGAAUAAGAAAAAAAAGGAACGGAAAUCUCAUAAAUAUACUAAAACAGCAUAAUAUGUUUCAUGGAAAAUAAGUUCUAAUUGGAGAAGUGAACCUAAUUCAUAAGGAUGGAACAUAAGACAAACAUAAGAAGCAUUUUAUUUGUGAUUUUUCUACACUUGUCGGUGCUAAAUUGUACUCAUUUGACGAAAACUUAUUUUAAAGAUGAAAUUACAAAUAACGGUGACAAUAUUCCAAAAAUCAGUUGGUUAUUUAGCAAUUCUGCUGACAGUUCGAUUAGGAUUAAAAGAGCCAGCAUAAUCAAGUUAAACGAAGAUAGUUUAUUAAAAUCUAUGAAUAUUAAGUGUCGACAAAAUUUGAAUCGCCUGUGCGGUGAUAUUACUAAAAAUAACGACGAAUUAAUGCUGUUAGAAUGUAUUCAAAGUUUUAAGCCAACUGAAGUAUCUGGUAUUGAUGAUGAAUGCCGACAAGCAAUCUGGGACUAUAUCUUAAAUGUUACAGGUAACUCAAAUAUAGAACGUUUAGCUAGAAGAACCUGUGGCAAAGAGUUAGAUUCAUUGGAUUGCACUGCUUUUGGUAAUAAACAUGGAGCAUAUCUUUCGUGUUUAAUUGACCAAAGAGAAAAAGUCAAAAAUCCUCAAUGCAUUGCAUAUAUCCAAAGGUUAGAAUGGAUUGCAUUCAGUGAUUUUAGGAUUAUAACACCAUUUUCUUCAGAUUGUGAAAAUGAUAUUAAAAGAUUCAAAUGUGACAAGGUACAACCUUACAGAGACAUAUCCCAAGGACAAAUAUUAGCUUGUUUACAAGAACAUGUUAAUGAACUUCAACUUCAAUGUAAAAGACAUAUACUUCAUGUAUCUGAAAUACAAGCAGAAAAUAUCAACUUAGACCGACAAUUGUAUUUAGCUUGUGAAGAAGACCAUACUAGAUUUUGUCCAAAUAUUAGGCCAGGAAGUGGCCAAGUAUAUAAGUGUUUAAUGCAACACAAAACAGAUAGAUCUAUGACAACAAUGUGCCAAGAACAGCUUGCAAGACGAGGGAAAUUAAUUGCAUCUGAUUAUAGAGUUAGUAAAGGAUUAGUUAAAGCUUGUAAAGAUGACAUUAAAAGUAAUCAUUGUAGAAGAUCUGUGUUUGAAGAUAAAAACAUAAGACUUGCACAAAUUCUUCUUUGUUUGGAAUCUGCGGCAAAAAAUGGUAGUAAAAUUGAUAAUAACUGUCAAGCUGAAAUGUUUGAUCAUAGAAAACUUUUAAUGGAAGAUUAUAGAUUAUCCCCUGAGAUAGUUGAUGGUUGUGCUAAUGAUAUUACAGCAUUUUGUAAUAGUUUAGAAGUUGGUGGUGCAACAAUUCACUGCUUGAUGGAGCAUACAAGAACAAGAAAGAGGAAAUCGAGAAUAUCUAGUAAAUGUCAGAGAGCGUUAGAGGAUCUAAUUAUGGAAGCUGAUGCUGGAGAAGAUUGGAGAAUUGAUCCUGUUUUAAAGGAACAGUGUGAAUUAAUUGCUAAUGUAGUUUGCAAAAAUGUACAGGGAGGUGAUGCCAGAAUGAUAUCCUGUUUAAUGGAACAGCUUGGUACAGACAAAAUGACAGAAGCUUGUGAAACUGCAUUAGUUCAGAUACAAUAUUUUGUAGCUAGAGAUUUCAAACUAGACCCUCAAUUGUACAGAGCAUGUAAAUAUGAUGCAACACAUCUAUGUCAUGCAAGAAAUGCAUGGGCUAGUGAUGGAAAACAAAUGGAUCCAGAAAGAGGACCUCUUGUUUUACCAUGUUUAUAUAGACAUGUAUAUCAUCCUCAAAAGAAUAUGACAUUAAGAACAGAAUGUCUUGAAGAAAUUAGACGCGUUAUGAGGCAAAGAGCAGUAAAUGUUGAUUUACAACCUGAAAUUGAGGAAGUGUGUCUGACUGAGUUAGCAUCAUUUUGUUAUGACAAAACAGCAAAAGGAGAAGAAAUAUUAUGUCUUCAAGAUAAUUUAGAACGUUUAAGCAGAAAUUGCAAAUUAGCAGUCGGCAAUUUUACGGAAGAACAAGCAGAACGUGUUGAAUUGAAUCCAAUAAUUUCUGCUGCAUGUUACCAUAUCAUAGAGCGUCAUUGUGAGGAAGUAUUAAAAUAUGGUAAAGAUGAAGGUGAUAUGAUGGAAUGUUUAAUAGAACACAAAAAUGAUAUAGAAGUGCGAUCUGAUUAUAAAUGUAAAGCAGCAGUGGAACACUUCCAAUUGAUAUCAUUAAAAAAUUAUCACUUUACCUAUAAAUUUAAAGAGGCUUGUAGACCAUCUGUUAAAAGAUGGUGUCCAAAAUCUAAAACUAAGGCAGAAGUAAUAGAAUGUUUAAGUACAAAAGUGCAAGAAGAUAUAAUAAAAGAUACUCAACAUCACAUAACAAAAGAAUGUAGACAACAGUUAAAAGCACAGCUUUAUCAACAAAGAGAAAACAUUCAGUUUGAUCCUAUAUUACAGGCACAAUGUACAAAUGAUAUUAAACAGUAUUGUUAUGAUCUUGAACCAGGAAAUUCUCAGAUUCUCGAAUGUUUAGCGGCACACAAGUCAAAAUUAACAGAUGGGUGUCAUAAACAAUUGUUUAAAGUGAGGAAACAAGAAUUUCAAGACAGUUCAAGCGAUUUCACUUUAUUAAAUAAUUGCCGAGCGAUGGUAAGGCAAUUCUGCCAUGAUAUAAGUCGUUCACAAGCGUUAGAUUGUUUAAAAAAAUAUAAAGAUGAACCAACGUUUGAUGAUAAAUGCAAAAGUAUUGUUAUUCGAAGAAUGAUUGAACAAAACACAGACUACAGAUUUAAUACUGCAUUACAAAUUGCAUGUUCUUAUGAUAUUAAUAAGCAUUGUAAAGAGGUUUUAUUAAAUGAACCUACCGAUAAAGAACUCGAAGGAAAAGUUAUAAGGUGUUUAAAAAUUAAAUUUCGAGAGUCAAAACUUUUAAUAAAAUGUGAACAUCAAAUGACUAACAUACUUAGAGAAGCAGCUUUAAAUUAUCAUUUAAAUCCAUUAUUAGCCACAAUGUGUGCACAUGAGAUUGAAACAGUUUGUAAAGCAGAUGACAAUGAUCCAGGAGCUGUAGAAGAAUGUUUGAAAAUGGAAUUUAAUGCUGGAAAUACAGAUAUGAAAGAAGAAUGUCGCCUUGAAAUUGCUGACUUAAUAGGACAAACAAGAGCAGAUAUUAAUGUAGAUCCAUUAUUACAGAAAGCAUGUGCCGUCGAUGUCAGUAAAUACUGUAGUGAUAUUCCUCAAGGCGCAGGAAGGCAUAUCAUGUGUUUACAAAAUGUAUUAGAAGACAGUAACAAGUCUCUACAACCUGAUUGCUAUAAAAUGUUAACUACAAGGAUGGAAAUGUUCAGAAAUGCAGCUAAGUUAAUUGGACCAAAUUCAAUCCAGGAAUUGUAUUCAACGGUAAAUCAGUCUCCUGCAAGACGAUAUUUCAUGAUUAUCACGUUAACAAUGAUCGGCUUAAUUUUUAUCACCGGCUUAUUUUGUGGGAGAGUAACAAGACGAACAAUGUUAAUGAAAAAUAAGUGAUAAAUUAUAGUGAGAAAAAUCCGUCCUCGAAGAUUUUCUAUCGCUGUAAUUAAAAAGAAAGAACAAAAUCAAUUCCAAGUAAACAUCGAAACAAAGAAGAAGAACAGAGUGAUUGUACUGGUGACCUUCCUGCAAGAUAUCAAACUGUGCAAAAUUAAGAUAGAAGUUGCAUUUUUUAAUAUUUUUAUUUAUCUCCUUUUUAAAUAUACAUAUAAAUUUAUAAAAGAGAGCGAAAGGGAGAGAGAGAAUAUAUAUAUAUUCAUAUACAUAUUAUGUACACGAUUCUACAAUUUGUCAUUCAGUAGUAUUAUCAUAAAUAUAAAAAGUUGUAAGUUUGAAUGAAUGUAAUGUAUGACAAACCGAAAAUGAUUUGCAUUUAAGGUAGAUUUUAAUAAAAAAUAUAUUAAUAGAGAAUAUAUAUAUAUAUACAUAUAUAUAUACACAAUAAAUUGAAAUGAGGAAUGAAAUUUUAUGUCAAUAUUCUAUACAUUUGUGAUAUAUAACAAAAAUUCGUAUAAAAAUAAAAUGGUCACAUUUUAUUUAAAGCAAAACAUAUUAUCUGGGCACAAAUUACCUUGGUCUUCCAUUUUAGAACGUUAGAAUGCAUAUAGAAUAAAAAUUAUCGGGAAUUAUUUACAAUGAAUGAACUUGGACAAUUAUGUAAUGUGCACAUAAUAUGAAACGUAUAAGAAUAUUACAUAUUUCUUAACAAAAAAAGUUAUGCUCAAUUUAUAGUAAUUAAAACUAUUUAAUCUUAUCAUUGAAUACAUAUAUUGCUAUUGUGUAUCAUAAGUUAAGGUAUAAGACCAAAUAUUGUGUUACACGAAAUAUAUUACGAGGUGAAAUUUCAAGGUAAAGAUGCUGAACUGUAGUCAUGCCGUUGUUAGUUAUAAAAAAUAAAUUUUCUUUCUACCUAUA